AUGUCUCUACUCAAGACUACCGCCCUCCUGGGUGCUGCCAGCUUGCUUUCGCAGGUUUCUGCCCAUGGAAUUGUCCAGGGCAUCGUGGCCGGCGGUGUAUGGUACUCCGGAUACAACCCAAGCUUUCAAUACCAAAACCCUCCACCCGUUGUUGCAGGAUGGUCAAUCCCGGAAGACCAGGACCGCGGCUUCGUCAGCGACUAUACCAGUCCCGACAUCAUCUGCCACAAGGGAGCAACUCCAGGCGGAGCAUAUGUCAAGGUGGCGGCCGGAGACACGGUCGAACUUCAAUGGACGGAGUGGCCUGAAUCCCACCACGGACCCAUGCUGGACUACCUGGCCUCUUGCGGCGACGACUGCACCACAGUGGACAAGACCAAGCUGCUCUUCAACAAGAUCGACGAGGCUGGCCUCGUUGACGGCAGCACCCCGCCUGGCCACUGGGCUUCGGACGACAUGAUCGCCAACAACAACUCGUGGGUUGUCACCAUUCCUUCCACCAUCGCUCCGGGCAACUAUGUCCUUCGCCACGAGACCAUUGCUCUGCACUCGGCCCAGAACGAAAACGGCGCCCAGAACUACCCUCAAUGUGUCAACUUGGAGGUGACUGGUUCUGGCUCCAACUCUCUCACCACCGGCACCCUGGGAACCAAGCUGUACACGGCUCAAGAUCCGGGUAUUUUGAUCAACAUCUACCAGAAGCUCACUUCUUACGUCAUCCCUGGUCCGAAGUUGAUUGACGGCGCCUCUUCUGGAUCUCAGCCUUCGGGGUCUGCAUCUGCAUCUGCAUCUGCAAGUGCCACUACUGCCGCCGCCAGCACGACCAGCGGCGCCGCGUCGAUUUUGCCUACAGGUCAUUUCACCAACGCCACAGCAACAACCUCCCAGAGCAACAGCAAGAGCAUCGCCAUCACCGCCACUCCCACCAAGCCUGCCAACGUACAGACAUCUCCCGCCGAGACCGAGACCGAGACUUCUGAGACUGCCGCCGCAUCGAACAAGGAGGCCACCACCACCGCCGCCGCUUCCUCAGAAGUCGAACCUACCCCUACUACCGCCACGUUGACCCAAACCGAAACUGCAACUGCUCCUGGCAAUUUCGCCGCUUCAAGUGCUUCGCAGGGUCAAGCUCAACCCACUGGCACUGGCAGUGGCAGCACGGACACCACCAGCCCCGUUUCUUUCUCCAGCACCGUCACCGGCCGGAUUGGCAAACCGACCAAAUUCGUCUGCUAUCUUGAAGAAGACUAA